AUGAAGUAUGAACUUACAGCAUUAGAAUACUCUGAAAUAGAUCUAUAAGUAAUUUAAGAAAUAUAUUUAGAUGAAAAUCUUAAUAGAUUCUUUUAACAUGAAAGAAAUAAACAACUUUCUAAAAUAAUAAAAAGAUGUAUUGGAUGGUGUUAAAACUUCUUUUAUACUAUAUCUGCUGAAUAAAAUUGAUGAAAACUUAGAAAAUGCCAUCAGAGAGUUAUAAAAUAACUCCUAGUAUGAUUGCUCUUAAUUGUUGAUUUCUGUCAAAGAAUUAAUGGAAAUACAAUUUUAAUUCAGGUAAUUCUAUAAUAAUUUUUAAUAGACUUCAUUUUAAGUCUUAUGAACAUUUAAUUCACAUAAUUGAAUAUACAGAUGAUUUACUUAUUUAUGAAUAAGUUUUAUCGAUAUUAAAGUACUUUAAUGGCAACCUCUAAUAAAAUUUAACUUUAAGAAUUCUUUAUUUCUAGAAAAUAAUAUAUGAUCAUGUUAAUUCUUUGGCUUCAAGAAAAAUAGAAUUGAUUGAUUUUUAUUAUUAAGAUCCUAAAUAUAAAACGAUUACUAGUCAUCCAAUCGAAGCUUUAUAAUUUGAUAUAGAAUAUUAUCGACCAACAUAAUUAGAGGAAAGUUAUGAAUACUUAUCUCAGAACUAGAUUCAUAAAAUAAGUCAAGAAGGAGAAAUUGAAAUUAAAGUAAUAGUAAAAUAUUUAUAAUUUUAGAAAAUUACAAUUAUUGAUAAUAAUUCAACUUCCGCAUUCAAUUUAUCAAGAAAUCUAUUAAAUGUGUAUGAUUAACACUUUUCACCACUUAUUGAGAUUCUAAAAUAUAGAAUACUGAUUAAAAGAGGAUUACUUUCAAAGCCAGAAUAAACCAGAAAUAUCAUUAUCAAAUUACAUUUAAAAUCUUCAAAAUUUUCUGUAUACAAAUCAAUCUAACUAAAAUUCAAUUAAAUAUUUCCAUUAAAAUUUUGAAUGGGUUGAUAAUUUUCAUUUAUUUAAACUUUAAACAAUUGAUACACUUGUGUUAAAAGAGUUACUUUUAACUUAUUCAAAAAAUAUUAAUUAUUUAUAUAGCUAAAAAAAAGACAAAGAACUAUUAGAACUAUUUUCUGAUGUUUUUUCAAUGUAAAAUAUAGAAAAAAAUGAAUAAAUUAUUGGCUAUCCUUUAAGAUAUUCUCCUUAGAUAAUGACUGAACGAUUAGCUGGAAAUGACUAGAUAACUAGUAGCAUCUUAAUGAUUUUCACAUCUCCAAUAUUUAAUAGAAGAUUCUUAGUAAAAAAUCAAUUCGCAAAUUAAACAUUUAUAAUUUUAAAAAAAGGUUUGAGUAUCUAAGAUAAUAAAUUAAUGCUUCCUCCUUAAUAAUUAAUUGCAGCAAUACAACUUUUAGGGUUUUUAUCAUAAUGCUAAGAUUUUAACAGAAAUAAUUAGAUUUUUGACUAUCUUUUAAUAAUAGCUGAAUAAUACAUUAAUUUAAGUCUUACUUUGUAAAAACCAACUGAAAAUGGUUAUAUAUAAAUAUGCCUGAAUGAAGCAGAUGAAAUUAUUUAGGGUUUCAUUCAAGCUUUAUCUGAAUGUUUUGAUUAUAAUUUGAUUAUUAAUUAGUUUGGAUAACAAAAUAUAUUGAAUAAUAAUCUAAAUAGAAAUUCUAUUUUGGGUACAAAGAUUUUAAAUUCUAAUCUGUUUGGUAUUAUAUUAAGUAAAUUAUAAUCAACAGUUUAAUUAAAAAAAUCAAUUCUAAUAACAUUUUAAUUAGUUAAAUUAUUUAAAGUUGAUCCUGAAUUAUUAGUCAAUGUUAUUAAUACCAAUUUACCUGAUUUCUUGAAUGAAAUUAUUUAAAAAAUCAAUAUUGUUGAAUUAGAAACAGAUUAAAUGAUUGAUAUUCUUGAUUUUUAUUUAAGUAUUUCUUUAGAAGAAAACGGAUAUCAAAAAUUUUAUAAUCAUGGAAUAAAUUUCAUUAAAAGGUUAUUAUAUUAUCACUUAAUUACUCGAGAACAAAUUAAUCAUUGGUUUUUGGUGGAGUUAGGAACUUCAAUAAAAUUUUAUAUAUAAGAUUCAAUAAAUAAAGAACAAAGUAUAGCUUUAAUAAAUCAAAUAGUUUUAAAUGUAUUAUAAUUAUCAUUAUAAUAAUUAUCUGAUAAAUAAAAUCAAUUAAACUAUGAUUAGAACUUUAAAUCAGAAUAUUUAAAGAUAUUUGAGAAAAAGAGAGAAAUAGAAUGUUUUUUGUUCACUUUAUCUUGGGAAAAUAAUAUUUUACUCUCUGAAGGAUAUUUCGAAAUUUUUGUGAUGAUAUUCAAAAUCCCAUAAUUUAAUACUUUCAAAUUUUUUGGUCUUGAUCCUUAAAAAUGCCUAGAAAAAGCAUUAGAGUUAAUAGAAUCAUGGGAAACAGAAUUGGGAUGCUCCUUGAACGACGCAAAAUUUUUGUUUUCAAAUGAAUAAUAAUUCUUAGAGAAAUGCUCUCCUUAAAAUUAUUAAGUAACUUCUCGGUUUUCUGAAAUUUUACAUUAUUUUAAUUAAGUUAGAAAUAAAAUUUAAAAUAUGAGAUUAAAUGAUUAAACUUUUAAUGUUCACUUAAUAAAUAAAUGUAUGGAAAUAUUUGAAAUUCUAAUUAUCUCUCAAUUUUGGAUAUAGGAGGAAAAGAUAGAUAUAUUAAAUAAUGGAAAUCAUCCAUGUGCAUACUUACUUGUUAUAAUUAUCGUGUUAAUUACAAAAAUUUAAGAUAAAAACAAAAUUGCUUAAUCUGUAAGUAAAUUUUUUAGUAAAAUUAGUUUAUUAUUAAAAAAUAUUCCUGAAAUAACUCCUUAAAUUUUUAAAUAAAUCAUUUUUUUAUUAGAAUUUUUUUAGGCUGUUGAUUUUGAGAUUCUUGAUUUUAUUAUCAAUUCUGAUAUAGGCUAAAAUUUGUAAGAUAGUCUCAAAAAUUACAUUAUUACAAUCAACUCUGUAAAUUAAAAUUUACAAAUAAUAUAAGAUUUUGACAAAAAUUUUCUAAAUAUAUUGAAAUUAUUAUAUGGCAAUUCUAGAUAAAAUCAUAGUUUAUCAACAAAAAGAAAAAUGAUUCAGGAUAUUUCAAAUUUGAUUUUAAUUAUAUAAGAUUCACAACACGAAAACAUUGAAUAAAUUAAGUAAUUUUUAUUGAUUUAAGGAUAUUUUAUGUAAAGUCAAAAUUUUAUGGAUUUAAAAAGAAAUAAUCGUUCUAUUAAUUCAGAAAGGAGAGACUAAUUACGUAAAUAACUUGAAAAUAUUGAGUUCGAAUCUCAAUAUAUAAAUCUUAUCCUUAAUUUAAAUCCUCAUGAGUUGACAGCGUUUGAUUUUUUAAACUUUGAAGCAAUGAAUAGAUAACAUCUUGAUAAAUUCAUUAUUCGAUAAAACCUAUAAAUAUUGAAUAAUAGAUAAUAGAUUGAUGAAACAGAUAAGGAACAUUAGUUGAUCGAAAUCGAAUAAGAAUCUCUUAGGAUAUAUCUUAAGAAAAAUACUUUUUUUUUUUCAAAUUCUUUAUUAGGUAUAUUAGAAAAGUUGGAUAUACAAUUUUAUGAACAAGAACUCUUUUAAUUUUUAGAAUUAAUAGUUGAUCGUUCUUUCAACUUAAAAUUAAAUUUUACAAGAAUUACAUAAGAUAAAUAAUAUUUUAAAUAUCACAAGAUGCAAAUAUUAAUAGUUUAAUAGUAGUGUUAUACUUGAUUUAGAAAUAAAAAAUUUUUUCAUAAGAUCAAGACUUACUUAUAAUUGAAUUUCUUAAAUUACUUGAUGUUUUGCUAAAAAAAGAGGAUGAAAAAGCAUAUUAAGCUAUUUUUUUGACCCUAGUUAUAUUAAACAAAUUAAAUACAGAUAAUAAAUAAAUUCUUGCUUAAAUAUUAAAGGGCACAAAAUGCUGCUUUGAUUCUAAUGUUUCUAAUCAUUCAACUCCACAAAUUUGUAUUGAUAUUUUAGUAAGACUUUUCUAAAAGGAAAGAUAAUAUAUAAAUCUAUUUAUUUUUUAAAUGAAUGGUUUAGAAGCGUUACUUAAAUUGAAAGGAAAAAUUAUUUAUACUCAAUUUUUACAUCUGUCAAAAUUAGCUAUGGCUAUAAUUUAUGAUUAGACUUUAGUCAGAGUCUAAUUUGAAACUCAAAUAAAGAAAAUACUAUUUAAUUAAGAACAAAAUAUUGAAAUCCAAAAAACUCAUUAAAAUUUAUAAUAGCAAAAUUAUUAAAAUUUAAAUACAUAUCCUAUUUGUUUUUAACCAGUUUACUAUAAUGUCUAAGCAAAUUAAUAAUUAAAAAUAACUAAAAAUCAUCCAGCUUUGCUUGCCCUAUAAAAAGAGAACAUUUAUUAGGAAGAUUUUAAAUAUAUUAUGAAUUUAUUAUUUGAAGAAUCAGUAAAUGAUGAAUAUUUAGUUUUAAAAUAAGGUAUUGCUCUAGAUACAUUAAAUAGUAUCAAUUAAAAUGGAGAUUCAAUCUUACAAUUUAAUUUCAAACAUAAAUAAGAGACAUAAACUCUUUUAAGACUUUUAGUUUAAUAAAUGAUUAGAUCAUAUUUUGAAAAUAAUCAAUAGUAUCAAUAUAAUUGGAAAACGAUAUUUGAUGUUUUAAAGCUAAUUAUUUAAAAAUUUCCAAUACUCUUACCAUAACUUUUAAGAAUUAAUUGUAGCAAGUUUCUUGAAAAAUAUAUCAAUUUUAUUGGUUCUAAAAUUUCAUUCUUGACUAUAUUAACGAGAAUUUUGAAUCCAUCUAGGAGUUUUAUAUUUUAUAUAUGUUUGGAUAAUUUAGUUCUUUUUAGAAAAUCUGAUAAUAUAAUUGUUCCUUUUGCAUAUGAAAUUAGAAGAUUAGUAAUAAGGGAAUUAUUUGUUGAGAUUAAUAAAUCUAUUCAAUAUUUAGACGAAAAAGUAUGCCGGUUAUCUGAUAUUUUAGUGACUUUAUUAUAAAUAAAAUCUGUUGCAAAAAUUUGUAUUUAAAAUAUUAACGAGCCUUUUAACUCAUUUAAUUUUAUUAAAACUUACAUAGAUGGAAUCAAAAGCUUCAAUAUGAAAUAAUAUUUUAUUUUCAAAAAUCAAUUAUUUUUCAUAAUAAAGACUCUGAAUAUACUUUAUAGCGUUGCUAUUAAUUUAAUUUUAGAUAAAACUGAAUCAAUUAAAGUUGAUUCUUUUUAAAUGAACUCAGAAGAGAUCAAGCAAUAAAUAUUUUAAAACUUAAUGUCACAUUUUCAAGAUGGAGUGAUACAGAAUCCAAAUAUAAGUAACCUUGUUUCUUAAAAAUGGCCACUAUUAACAAUUAAAAAAGGAGAAUUUGAUGAUUAUUUUUAGAUAGAAGAAGAAUAAGAAAUUCCAUCUGAUUAAUAAAUAAUAAUUGAAAAUUAUGAAAACUCUCAUGAAAUUUUAGCUGCAGCUUUAGAAUAAGAAUCAAUAAAUUGGGUAGAUGAAAAUGAUUAGGUAACAGAAAAUUUCCAUUCAAAUAAUUUAGGGGAUUAAUAUACCCUCCAUAACCUUCAUAUAGAUGAUAAAUCAGAUUAAUCUCUUUGGAAAUCUGGAUUUUUUAAUAUAGAUUUAAAUAUAUAACUACCUUUCUAAUUUUAAAAAAUAUUAAUAAAAUUCUAAUCAAUAUUUAAUAAUAAAUUUUAGAAGGAAGAAAUAUAUUUAAACUAAAUGGAUCAAGUAGUAAAUAUUGCUAAUAAAAAUUAUGAGAAUGAUAUUUUAUAAAUUAGAGAUUAAGAGGAAUAAUUCCAAUUAUUCAUCUAAUAAGAAGAUGAAUUGUUAUAAGAUUAAUUAGAAGAUUAAAAUUAGCAAAAAACAUAUUCUAUAAUUAAAAAUAAGAUAAAAUCUGUACUGAAUAAUAGAAAAUAGUCCCUAAAAUUAUUAGGUUUAGUUGAUCGAUAAUUUUUAUAACUUAUAAUUUAAUUUUUGUAGGUAGAUGAUAAUUUUGAAUCUUAGGAUAACUAUAUAAAUUAAUUUUUGAUGAAUUUAGGUACUUCAUCUUUAAUAGCUAAUUAAAUAAUUGAUUAUCUUAUUAAUAAUUUGAAAAUGAUAAGAUAAUAAGAUUUUGACCAAGAAAUGUUUAUUAUAACAAGAAAUUAGAUAGUAAGUGAUUAAAAUUAUUUCUCAAAGUUUAUUUCGCCAAAAAUUUUAUAAACUUUAUUAAAAAUCAAAAAAGCUUCAAAAUGUUGUUUAUCAUCUUAAAAUUUUGAAACAAUGACAUAAUUAUUAUUUAAACUUGAAGAAAAGGAUGAAGAAUUGCUCAUUUAAGUGCUCUCAACCUCCAUAAAGAAUUAAUAACUUAUAGAUGAAGUAAAUGUUAAUCUAAUUCAUGAUUUAUUCAAUUUAUUAAUGAAAGCGAAAAACAAAUAAAAAAUUUUGAAACUCAUUAAGUUUGUAUCAAUUCUUUUGAAAAAUAAAAGCAAUUUCAUAAGAUUUAAAGUAAAAAUAUAAAACUAAUUAAAAAAAUUCAUUAUGAAUUUUGAAAAAUACUUACUAGAAAGAAAUACAAAUGAUUAAAUUACAGAUUAAGAAGAUGGAAUAAAAAAAAUAUUUUAACUUAUUUAACAACAUAUUUAUUAUAAUUUUACAAUUGGAAACACUUCUUAAGAAAAUGAAUGGCUUGAGUUUUUAAAGUAGCCUGAACUUCAAUAAUUAUGGAUGAAUAUGGAAAAAAUUAUAUCUAACAUUCAGCCUUAAUAAGUUUAAGAAUAUAACUUAUUUUUAUUGCCUUAUAUUGAAUCUUUUUUGAUUUGUACUGAAAUUGUUAAUUAAAAUGAAACUUAAAGUUAUGAAAUUAUAAAAUUAUCUUCAAUGGAAUUAUCAAGUUCUUCAUAAGAUCAUAUUGAUUUUAACUUUAAAAAAUUAUUCAAAAAACUGAGCUAAAAUGGUAAAGAUUAUAUCAAUAGCAUUAUAAUAGAAUAAAUUGAAUUUACAAGCAGACAAUAAAAUAAUUAAUCAAAAAAAAGAAGUUUAGUGGAAUAUUUUCUUUAAUUUCAUCCAAAUAUAAUCAAUUUUGAAGUUAAGAAGGAAUAUUUGAGAUAUAAAAUUGAUCCUUUAAGAUCAAUGAAUCAGGAAAUAUAAUUAGAACUCUUUUUAACCAAUUAGCAACUUACCAUAUAUGUCAACAUGGAUACAGUUUUUGAAGAUUCAUACAGAUAGAUUAGCGCUUUGAAUACUAAUUAACUCAAAGUAAAUUUAGCAAUAAAAUUUGUUGGAUAAUAAGCUUAUGAUCAUGGAGGCCUAAAAAGGCAUUGGUUUUAGAUACUUUCAAAGGAAUUUCUAAAUCCAAAACAUAAAUUAUUUAUACAUACUCCUAAUCGACAAUUUUAUUAGAUAAAUAGGGAAUCUUAUCUUGAUAAUGAUCAUCUUAAUAAAUUCAAAUUUGUUGGAAAGAUUUUUGCAAAAGCUAUAAUGGAUGACUGUUUAAUUCAUGGAGAAUUUCCUACCUACUUUUUUAAACAUAUUUUGGGUAUAAAGUUGUCUAUAAAUGAUAUGUAAGAUUACGAUGUAGAGGAACAUACAAGCAUGAAAUUCAUUUAUGGUGAUAAUGAUAUUUCCAAUCUUGAUUGUGUUUAUACAUAUUGCAUUAAUAAUAAAGGAUAAGUUGAAGAAAAAGAAUUAAUAUAAGGAGGAAAAGAUAUUUAAGUUACAGACGAAAAUAAAAAAGAUUAUAUAAGAAAAUAUUGCCAUUAAUUUAUGGCAAAAAACAUUGAGGACCAAAUUAAAGCUAUUUAAGAAGGAUUUUAUUCAGUAAUACCUAAAAAUCUUAUUGCCAUUUUUGAUUCAGCUUAAUUUAAGAAAUUGUUAUGCGGUUAGCAAUAAAUUAAUGGUAAAUUAUAUUAAAUUAGGUUUUAGUUGAGAAUCUUAUUGAGAAUCUUAGUUAUAAUAAAGCUGAUAUUAAAUUUAUUAAAUGGCUUCAAAACAUAUUAAGAACAUUCAAUUAAGAUAUGCUUGCUAAGUUUAUAAAUUUUGUUACAGGUAAUAUAUUAAAGCAUCUUUAGGUACUUAUCUUGUACCAGCUGGAGGAUUUUAAAAUUUAACAAGACCAAUCUAAAUUAAAAUAACCAAUAGCAAUUCUAAAUUUCCUGAAGCAUAUACAUGGUAUAAUUCUAUAGUAUUUUACAAAGUUAAAAACUUUUAGUAAUCCCAGCUUAUGAUUCUGAAGAAGUCUUAAGGGAAAAAUUAGAAUUAGCCUUAUUUGAUGAAAAUAACAACUUUUAGAGAGGAUGA